CUUUUCCUGCGGGGCGCGGCUCGGCCCGCCCUGCCCCGGCGUGGCCGCCUCCUGCUCUAGCUGCCGCUGGAGGUGUUAUUUCCAGAGCCGAGUUUGUCCCUGUGUACGCGUGGGUCACAAGCGCGUCCUUCACCGCGAGCAGCUUCGUUCCCGGCAGUUGAACUUGUAUAAGUGAAAGUGGCAUAUCAUCUUUGAAGAGCGUGUAGCACCGCAGAGCAAGGACAAUGUGGGCAGUAUGUUCAUCUGAGCCCAAGUCUGUUUGUACUUUAUGAUUGUGUUCAUCUGCAGUGUCUUUAAAAAAAAAAAAAAAAAAAGUUUUCUGCUUUGGGAAAUGUGCUGUAAUUUAAAAAGGAGGUUUUUGCUCCUCUAUGCAACACAAAAGGGGCAGGCAAAAGCCAUAGCUGAGGAAAUAUGGCAGCAAGCAGGUACCCAUGGACUUGAAGCUGAUAUGCACUGCAUAAGUGAAGUGGACAAGUAUAACCUGGAAACAGAAAAGGAUCCUGUAGUUAUUGUUAUAUCCACUACUGGUACUGGAGAUCCACCAGACACUGCCCGCAAGUUUGUAAAGAAAAUUCAAGACACUACCUUGCCAGCUGAUCAUUUCGCACAUCUCCAGUAUGGAUUGCUAGGUCUGGGAGAUUCAGAGUACACAUUCUUUUGUAAUGGUGGAAAGACAGUAGACAAACGACUUCAAGAACUUGGUGCCCAGCACUUCUACAACACAGGAUUAGCAGAUGAUUGUGUAGGUUUGGAGUUAGUGGUUGAUCCUUGGAUUGAUGGACUUUGGCCUGCCCUCAAGGAAACAUUUCUACUGCAGAAAGAAAAAGAAGGCAUGAGCAGUGUUGCCAAUGCUGUUUCCAGCUCUCUCUCUGCAGCCCCGCAUGUUGUGCAUGAACUAAAUUUAAGCUCAGAAGUAAAGAACUUGAAGCUAGAAGAUGAGGGAGAGAGGAGUUCUGAUGUCCUAUCACAGAAACUGGUUGACAUCAGUCUUGUGGCUUCAAAUAGAGACACUGAACCUUCACUUGUUCAUUCUGUCCCUCCUGUCUCUCACUCUGCUCUUAAUAUUCCUGCCUUGCCACCAGAAUAUAUAGAGGUGCAGUUUCAGGGCACCCAUGGUGAGAAUCCACAUCUGUCCUCACUGAUUUCAGAGGGAACAACCUUUGAAGUGCCAGUUACAAAAGCAUAUCAGCUCACCAGAGAAGAUGCGAUAAAAACUGCAUUGCUCUUAGAACUUAAUGUUGCAGAUACAGCCUUCGACUACCAGCCUGGAGAUGCCUUCUGUGUAAUGUGUCCCAACAAUGUCAAUGAGGUAGAAGAACUUCUUCAAAUCUUGGGACUUUCUGAAAAAGGAGAGUUCUUCGUUUGUGUAAAGGUUAAGCAGGGCACUAAAAAGAAAGGAGCCGCUCACCCACAACAUAUCCCUGAAAGAAGCACUCUGAAAUUCAUUCUAACCUGGUGUCUGGAAAUAAGAGCAAUUCCCAAAAAGGCAUUUUUAAGAGCUCUUGUUGAAUGUACCAGUGAUGCAGGAGAAAAACGGAGGCUUCAAGAACUUUGCAGCAGACAAGGAGCCUCUGAUUACACACGCUUUAUUAGAGAUUCUAAUGUUUGCUUGCUGGAUUUACUUCAUGCUUUUCCAAGCUGCAAGCCUUCACUUAACCUGUUAAUUGAACAUCUUCCUAAAUUGCAAGCAAGGUCCUAUUCAGUGUCAAGUUCAAACUUAUAUCAGCCAGGAAAACUAUGGUUUGUAUUUAAUGUUGUGGAGUUCCCUGCCUGUCCUGCUAGACCAGUCUCACGGAAAGGAGUAUGUACAGGGUGGCUUGCUGAAUUAGUUGCACCUCUACUGCACCCCAGUAAAAACACUCUGGAUACAGAAGGAGGAAGCUCUUUAACUGAAAAGAUACCUAUUUUUGCUCGUCCAAAUAACACUUUCCACUUACCUGCAGACCCAUCUGUCCCAUUCAUGAUGGUUGGUCCGGGAACAGGAAUUUCACCAUUUAUUGGUUUCCUGCAACAUAGGCAAAUGCUCAGGAAAGAACAUACAGACUGGGAAUUUGGAGAGACAUGGCUGUUUUUUGGUUGUCGGCAUCAGGAUCGAGACUACUUGUUCAAAGAUGAGCUCAAAUGUUUUCUUGAAAGCGGCACAUUAACUCAUCUUAAGGUUUGUUUCUCAAGAGACACUUCAACUGCAGAAGUAGCCCCACCUAAAUAUGUGCAAGAUGUCAUUAGGCUUUACGCUAAGGAAGUUGCCAGAGUCUUGCUGAAAGAGAGAGGUUACUUCUAUGUAUGUGGAGAUAAGAAGCACAUGGCUGAUGGUGUAAGUGAUGCUGUGGUGGACAUUUUAAGCAUGGAAAUGGAAACUGACAAAUUGGAAGCAAUGAAAAUCCUGGCCACACUUCGAGAAGCAAAACGAUACUUGCAGGAUGUUUGGAGCUAAAUAUUUAGCUUUACUUGUGCUUUUAACACACAAGAUUUAAUUUCACACAUAUGCAUUUGACUAAAAGUUAUUAUCAAAAGUGCUGUAUGUAGUCACCCAAAUCUUAACUUUCUCUAUUGACCUUUCAAGCAGGAAUAUGAAACCUUUUAAAUGACAACAAACCAGGCUGCCUUUUGAAGUGAGUGGUUUUAAAUGAUGUUAUGUAAUGAACUAUCUCAGUGCCUUGAUUCUCUCAUUUUAAGAUUGGUGUAGCAUAGAAGGUAAAAACUUUUGCACUUGUACAAGUAUAAUUGUAUGUUUACAUCAUGUAUUUUUUUCUAUAAUGUAUAUAUAAAGAAGCUACGGAGUAAAUAUGUUACAGAUCUAUGUGUCAUCAAAUACAUUACUGACUUACUAAGAUUUAUUUGAACGCUUUCUAAAUAGUUCCUGAGACUUUUUAGAUUUUUUUCAGCUUGCACAAUGACAGUAACUACCAAGAGGAAUUCAUGUUGAGUGUUGCACAGAAAGAUUACCGCAGAACUUCAACUCUGAAGUUUACUUUAAAUGCUUCGCUUUUUCAUUCCAUUGUUAAAUCAUAUCUCAGAGUUUUGCUGCACUCCAUGCUAAUCCUUAUUAGAUUUUCUGGCAUAAUUGUUUUGAAAUUAUUUUCAUUCCUGUCUCUAAAAUAUUUGUGGUUAAUUUAUGAGCAAACUCACCAGUUGAGUUGUAUUUGGUUGCUGGAGAAAUAUUGUUUAAUAAAUACUUUCUCAGAUUACUAAACUAUUUUUUUAAGUUGAAAACACAGUAAAAAGUGGUGUUUUGAAAGCAGUUGCCCUUACAUAUGACGAUUCACUGCAAAAAUCAAGUUGUUGAAAGAAAAUGGUUGAAGUGUCUGGUCUUCUUUCUAACAAGGACCAUUUGGAGUGCAGAUAGAUGGAAAAGUGUAAGUCAUUCAUGCUUCUCUUCAUAUCCCUUCUCUCUUCCCUCUGCUUUUUCUAACUUCUAACCAUCCAUGUUUUCUUGGUUCCUUGUCAUACUUAGAUCUUUGAAGAUAAACAUAAAGUAUGAGAGAAUGUUUUAGACAAAGCAGUUUAUUUCCUGGGGAGAAUUUUUGUUUUUGUUUUGCCUUAAGCAUAAUCAGAACCACAUCACUUACUCCAACUCUUGUGGUUAUCCAGUGAUUAUUAGUUAAUUGGUAGUUAAAUCAAGAAAAAAAUAUGGAAAAAAUAUGAUGAUCAGUUAGAAUAAAAUUGUGUACAAAGAAGAAACAUUCUAGUGAAUGUGUGUGAAUGAACCUGUGUAAUGAUUAUUUAAAUAUCCUUGGAAGAGAUCAACUAAGAUUUUGUGCACAAAUUCUUCAGCAGAGCGAUUAUAUCAAUCAUUGCCAAGUAAUCUACAAAAAAAGCUCCAUAGAGAGAGAUGGCUUACAGUAAUUGCAAACAGUGCAUUUUUUGAUCUUUGGCACAUAAGAAAAAAAGAAGUGCUUCUUUUUGAAAAGUACUCCAAUUUUAAACUUUAAUGGAAAUGACUAAGCUGAUACAAACAUCAACAUUUUGCAUCAGCCAAUCACCUCUAUGUGUUUUUAAAAAUUAUUAAUAAAAGAAAAAGCUACUAGUAUUGCAUUAGUAAAGAUAAGUCAUUAACUGCCUUCUGUUAACUGGAGUUUGUUUUGAAAUAGCACUUAUUAUAUGUGUGUUCUUAGAAUUUAUGAUCUUCAGUGCCACUUGGAAGUUCUUGGACAUUACAGAGAAAACAAUAUUUUUCUGACUGCAAGCUGCAGCUUUUCCCAUAUCUCUUAGAGGUAUUCAUUUUUGUGUUACAUAUCAUGAUACAGAAGUUGCAGUGACCAUUUUGGUAAUACUGCAGGUAAUAGCAUAGCACCUUUUGGGAUAUUACCAGUUGAGUGUCAUUUUCUGAUUGUGUGUAUUGCAUUUGACAGGGUCUGAUAUAUAGCUGUUAUCCAUGCAUUUCCCCUAUCUUGUUACUAAUUCUCCAUAAAACUAAAGCACUUGCAUUAUUUAGUAAUGUAGUAAGUAGUAAUGAAGCACAUGAGCUUUAUUAUGAUCUCUUAGAACAACAAAAAAUAGUUGCAACUUACUCUUAAAUUUAUAACUGCAUAAUGCAAAGCCCAAAAUUCAAACAAAAGUAAGCCCAACAAACCACCAUGUGUUAUCUGAAGGUAUUUUUGUGUUUGCAGUCGGUGACAUUGAAUGAGCAGGAAAAGUAGAGAGGAAAGGUUUUCUGAGAUACAGGAAUUAUGGAGAUGGAGAAGGCUUGCAAUAAGAACUCUAUGUUUUUUCUUAAUUAAAUUGUGUCUCUCUAUAAUUAGAUAGUGCUGAUUUAGCAAAUCAUACGGUCUUUUAGAAAAGCAUACAGGGAUGGAUUUUACUAUGUCCCCUAAAGCUAAGCAGGGGAAUUUUUAACAUCUUUUAGCAUUCUUUCAUUAGAGAAAUAUCAUGUAUAUUUUUUUCUCAUAAUUCCAGAACUGGUUACAGAAUUCCUUUGUCAUUUAAAAGAAAUAGUGAAGGUUGUGUGCUGUUUCUUAUGCAGGCUUACAGUCUUUAUACUGGUAACUAGAACUGGUUAUUAUGCUAAAGCUGUUGUUCCAGAGAAGCAUUAAUGAUGAAGCAUUCCUUAAGGCCUGUUUUCAUACUGGUUUUUGAAUGUUAUUUUGAAUUUG